AUGUCUGGGUUGAGUCCGUGCUGUAUUAAAACCUCAUUUCAUGAGGGUGAAACCAAGGGGGAGUUCGUGAAGUUAGGUGACUUCAGUGUCUACAAAUCUGGAAACGACACCAAGAGAAUCCUCGUCAUUUUUACCGACAUUUAUGGCUACAGGACCAACAAUGUUGACUUGAUUGCUGACAAGUUUGCGGAUAAUUUGGGUUACCAAGUCCUGGUUCCAGAUCUUUUUGACGAGGACCCAGCUGUUGCUAACAAAACUAAUAUAGGUGAGUGGCUAGGUAGACACUCACCUGCUCAGUCGGGUCCAAUUGCCAAAGCCUUUCUGGAGUACUUGAAAAAAACAUAUGACCCAGCUUACCUGUGUACCAUGGGCUACUGUUAUGGAGCUAAGCUAGUUUUCCAGAAUGCAACCAAGGACAGUAUUCCAAACGUCUGUGCCAUGGCUCACCCUAGCCUCACUGAGGAGUCUGACCUCGAAAAUCUUGCAAAGCCUUUGCUCCUCAGUUUGGCAGAAAGAGAUGAGCUGUUUUCCGAUGAAAUGAGGAACAAGACUAUCGAGACUCUGCGCAAGAAUCAUAUCAGACAUCAGAUUGAUAUUUACAGUGGCACUUCUCACGGUUUCACUAUCAGAGGUGAUCUUUCUGACCCUGCUGUCAAAUAUGCUGUGGAGAAGUCUGUUUUGGACCAAUCAUUCUGGUUCAAAUCUCUAGAGCCAGACUAUGUCAAGAAUUAGCUAGCUAAUCUGAUUUUUAUAUAGUUACAAAAAAAAUAUCUAAAGAAGAUCUCUUCGGCGAUAGUUUGUAUAACCUUGCCCGGCAUCCAUGUUGAAGUUGCCUCCUUCGUUUUUAGUUUGAGCCAUAGAGGAGUGGGCAGAGUUGUUAGCGGCCGCUUUGAAUAUAAAAGAGUUUCUGCUAUUCUCGUCUUCAUGUGCGUUAGAAAACGGAUUCACGCUGCUACCGCUGGUACUAUCGCUCAUUUUCUGCUCUGGGCUUGGUGCUAGUCCCGCAUUGCUCCCUGAUAGGUUCUCAAUAAGGUACGAAUUUCUAUCAUGGCCUCUCAUGGCUGUGGCUCCAAGAGCAGCCAACUCAUAUUCGACUUUGCCUCCUUCGCCUCUUUCAUUUGGUAUGAAGGCAAGCCUGUCAUCCUUGAUAGGCUCAUACCUAGUAUCUGGAUUUUUCCUUAUGAGAGCCAAUGUACAUGUGACAAUCGUGAAAAUCAAAAGAAUUGCAGCGAAAAUAGCAUUCAAAAUGAAAUAGACAACAGCAGCGACAGAGGAAACGGCAGCAGGUUGUUUGAAAAUGUUCGAAAAAAACAGGUAGAAUAUAGAAUUGAUCACGUUGAUCACGGCAAUGAAAAUGUUGAAAAUAUUGGUUCUUUUGUCCAUGAAUGGCCUCUUGACUAUCAAGCCAAUGCAGUAGAAAAGUUCCAUCGCAAAGAUAAUAACAGCAACGGCUUUCCCGUGGUUCUGUAACACCGCAAUGAAUAAAGCCCUCACAAACAGAUAAACUAGAUGGACAGCAACCCAGUAAUAAUUGUUAGCCUUGUACUGAGCGUACAGAAAUCCAAAUUUGUUCAGAAUCUUUUCGUCUCCAAACAGCAGAUACGCCGGGUUUUUGAACUUCCUUGUUGAUCUUGAGCCAGAGAUCAAUAUCAUAACAGCUGCAUAUACCAUCAAAAUCAAGAAUAUGGCCAAUAUCGCAACAGCAAAAACGACGCAUCCGGCAGAAUCAACUCUAGUGAACUCCCAAAUACACAGCAAUGUCAAUGCUGGGAACGUAAUGUUGUAAAGUCGGUACAGACAUCCCUUAAUGACUGAUCUGUAAUUCUUUCUGAAACCUAUCAGCUUGUCGCCCUUGAUAGUGCCGGUCCUUGCCAUGAGUUCGCAAAUCCCCUUAAACAGAGAUGUAAGAACAAGUAACACGAAUCCAACAAAAAGGAAAAAGAUCACACCAGUCAUGAAGAAGUUCGAUAUUUCAAUGCCUGACAAAUAUGCCACUCUUUGGACUCCCCUCAAAAUCAACGUCUUGGAACCCACGUCGAAUUCGUCUGUCGUGUAAAGGUCAGAGUCGUCCAAAACGUCGGACAUAGAAUCCGAGCUUUCGACACUCAGUCGCUUGACAAGUUUGAGAUGUUUGAGCAUUUUCUGGACAGAGAUCGAAAUAACUGAUUUACUGCGCAAAAUCGAUGUAACACUUCCGCCAGUUGCUUGCACAUACCAGUAGAUGAUGUUUUGCAUGAAUUUGACCUUUAUGAUACCCAACGACCACAUGAAGUUUUGAGCCCAAGAGGCAGCGAUAGGGGGCACUAAAGCCACACCCAUCAUGGACAUAAUAGCAAGGUUUUGGAAGUAAAUGAAUAACGACGCUGCAUUAGAGGCAAUGUGUGCAGCCGUAGCGGAAUGCCCAAGAAUCGAAACAAAUGAGGAAACAACCAGACCAAACCCGGAAAUGAUAGCUAUGGGCCAUCCGGCGUAUCUUGUUUGCACGGUCUUUCCAUUACUCAAAACGGCUUUCACACAUGCUAACGGGGAGUCCUUGGAAGUGUCAUUGGUGGAGUACGCCACAACCUUGACGUAGGCGUCCAGGUCUGGAAUGGUGUAAGCAAUACUCGGAAUUUUGUUUAUCAUGUCACUUGUAAUUUUGUAACUGUAUCCACUGAUACUCAGUCUUCCUGAGGAUAUUGGACACAGUGUUGCGUAGUCCAAAGAACAUAAGUCCACUGUGGUAGAGUAGACGUUCAAACCGUAAACCACAAGCGACAAGUCUGCGGUAACGUAUCCACUGAUAAGGGAAUUUCCAUCGAUGUCGAUGACAACGGUGCUGUUGUCAGGGUAAAAGGUGACAUCAAAAUAGCUGGAACUAAAUUCUGAGUUUUCCAUACAUGUCAGCAACGAUGACGAUUUUAUGUACUUUUUCAUAUCAUUGUUUCCGGCCUCAACUAUGAGGCCUUGGAUGAGAAACCAUAUUGAGAAAGUGAAGAAAGGAGUGAGUUUCAUGGUAAAUAAUAGAUUUGCCUACUCGGCACAAACGAAGCUAUAAAGCACCUUGAGAAGCAAUAAAGAUGAGUUUUUGAUGAGCACGGAAGCGAGCACUCAGCAGCUGUGAGUCC